UCAACGAAAACAUCUAUCAGUACAUUUACUAAGUUAUUGAAAACUGUCACGUUUAAUACACGUAAAAAAUUAAUGUUAAAACCGUAUUGUUGAUAUUAUUUUUUGGUAAAUAUGGUCGUUUGUACAUGAAAUUUUUCAUUGAAAUUUAUAGUUGGAACGAAAAUGCAGUCAAACGGUGACACGUCCGAGAGGCGAUUCGAAGUAGAAUGUAAGCUCGAGGCGGAACUUGCCUCUUUGGAAGCUUUGAAAGAAGCACGAGAGCAAAGCAAAAGGUUUACCAAUGGUAUGGUGGCCAUCCUAUCAUCCUUGGAAGACAGACUAGCUACCCUUCGUCGUACAAUACUUCCAGUUUACAAUGAAACUGGCAACCUUCAAACACAACAGCACAAUGUAGAGAAAACAUUGGCAAUACUGAAUCAUGCAAUUGGUUACUACGGAGUCUGUCAGGAGGUGGAAGGCUCUGUUCGUGGAGGACCCAGCGGUGUGGGUGGCCUAGAUGGUUUCUUGGAAUCAAUGAAUCGCUUGUACGAUGCCCAGCGCUACUUUCAAAAGAACAAUCCGAGCUCCGUAGAGCUGGAGAACGUGUCGACUCUCUUUGGCACAGGACUGGAAUCCCUUUACUCCGAGUUCAAUGAUAUCUUGGCUAGACAGAGCAAGCCAGUGCUACCCAUUGUCUUGUUGGACUUGAUUGGUUUGGAUGAGGAUACAAGUAACGAGGAUGCGCCACAGUCGCUUUGUCAGUUGCCUGAAAAUACACUUACUGAUUUGGUGAAGAUAUCAGGCUGGCUGGAGGAAAGAGGACACAGGAGGCACACCAAGAUUUACGCGACGGUGCGCUCCGCUGUUGUACUGCGCUCCUUGCAGCUGUUGAAAGAACACCAGCGAAGCGCCAGUGGGGGUAGCACUCAUGCCGCUAGUCCUAUGCCUAGGACAAAGUUUGCCCACCGACACUCGCUAAGCGUAGCAGAGGCAGCAGGCCGUCGAGCGUCGCGUCGUCUUCAACUAGUUCUCGAAAAGAAAGCCAGUAAGAUGCUGCAGAAGGCCUCGCAGACGACAGGUCUCUCGUUUCCCAGCUCUCGAAAAUCAGCAGCGAGUCCAGCUGGCCACCAUCAUCACGGCAACGACGACGCGGCACCCGUUGACGAGCAGGAGAUGGAGAACUACUUGCUGCUCGCAGCUGGACUGCACAAGCUCAUGCAAGCCGAGCGCACCCUGAUCGGCCGCAUAUUGCCCGCGACACUUCAGCUGCAGGUGCUCGAGGCUACUGUCAGGGAUGCCAUGGACCUCGUUGCUCACGACGGUGAGAACAUCGCUGCUCGGGCAAAGCGCUGUAUCGCUAGAAAGGACUUUACGGCUGUUUUGGUGGUAUUCCCGAUAUUGAAGCACCUGGAGGAAUUGAAGCCGGACUUGGAAAGGACGGUGGAGGGCUGUGAAUACGCUCUCAGAUCCAAGUUUGCCUCUGUCAUUCAGACCCUUACGGAUACUGGUGCUCAAGCACUGGAGUGCUUCGGCGAGAACGUGCGCAACGAGUCGAGUUCUGCAUUGCCCAAGGACGGCACUGUAGCGGAGAGCACGAGCAACACACUGAUUUUUUUGGAACAGCUGACAGAGUACACGGAUACCGUUGGUGCUGUUCUCAAGAGACACAAUGAAUCUGAUUCUUCUGGAUCUCUGGAUACCAAACAAAACGAACAACAGUGCAGAACCGCCUUGGGCCUCUACAUAAAGCGCGUGUUGGCUCUGCUCAACUUGGCUCUAGUUAGCAAAAGCGACACCUCAUACUCGGACCCUUCGUUGCGUGCCCUUUUCCGCCUGAAUAAUCACAACUACGUGAUCAAUGCGCUCAGGAGAAGCGCACUCAUGGAAUUGCUGCUACUGGCUGAACCGAGUGCCGAGCAAACUUACCUCGAUCUGCUGGCUCGCGAUCGCACGACCUAUGUCACUGCAACUUUUGCCAAAGCUCGUGGACAUGUCGAGCACAACGAUGAGCCAGGCUCAAAAGUACUUAAGGAGCGCUUCUCUGGGUUCACUCGAGAGUUUGAGGAAGCGGCCAAGUUUCAGCGUACGUAUGCCGUACCGGACGGACAGUUACGCGAGGAACUGCGCAACGAACUGCGCCAGUCUCUUGUGCCGAUCUACACGACCUUCUACCACAAAUAUCGGCAUACCUCGUUCUCCAAGAACCCAGCCAAGUACAUUAAAUUCAGUCCAGAGCAGGUGGCGACUACAAUUGAUACGUUCUUCGACACGGCUGCCUAAAUGCAUUGAACUAACAAGGCUUUCUUGUUCAGUGAAUCGUGUUAAUUUUUUUAAUUGUUGCUCAGUUGAUAGUUUAUUUUUCUUACAGCCUGGAAAUUUCGAUAGGACGAGAAGAUUAGAGUAAUAUUGUUUCCAUGCAAUAUUGACACUACCUGUGAGGCUGAGAAACAAUACUCACUAAAAAAACCAUAAUUAAAACUUGAUUCUUAGUCACUUCUUGUACAUUUUUAAAUUUUACACUUAUCGAAAACGAUUUAUGUAAAUAUGUUCACAAAGUAAUUAUAAGUCGGUGUAGUGUACAAUU